UUCCACUGCUGUGCAGCAGGACUCACUUCCCUGCAGAGCAUACUUGAGCGCCUGGACACAGAAGUGCAGUAAAUGAGACCUCCUAUCGACUAGACCAUGCUCUAUUUAUCAAAGCCAACAAGGGGAAGCCAUGUCCAAGAAACAGGUCCUUGAAGAAUGCGAAUCAAGUCCAAAUCCCAGGCUAUAGAUCUACUACUGUCACCUCUCUGCACAAUGAUAGGAAUAUUGCACUAUUUUUGAGGCCAGCUGCAAGUUAAUGCAAUAAACGCAGACAGUUCUCCAUAUACCAAAGCAUUGCAAGCUGCGACGUUCCCCAAACUUGCUUGUUUACUGAGGUCAAUCUUGCAACGUGUGUAGGUUUGCACUGAGCGCGCUGGAGGUAACGCAUCUGCAUUUGCGCUCUGAGUUGGAGAAGCUCUCGCGCAUGGGACCUACCAGAGCGGCUCAAGAGAUGUCGGCGUGGAAUAUGGACAGAAUGACUGAUGUGGAAGCUCUAGAACGGUAAACGAUCCGCGUGCGCAAAAAUGCAGCGAAUUCUUCCGAGGAGACGCACCCGCACAUUGCGCUUGGUCUGGUCGCUCAUGGCCGUGCUCGCGCUGUCCCUCGCCGUGUGCAGUGCCGUAUUUACAGUGUGGACAUUGCGACAAACGCGGGACCUGUCCAGGUCUUUCAAAACUCUGCAAGAGCGCUUAGAGCAGGUGAAUAUGCAGCGUAAGGCCGUCUUCCAGCUCAUCCUGGAAAAACGUGAACUGCUGGAGAGUCAGAGGUUCCGCAGAGAUGCGGGAGGGAGAAAAGGAAAUGGACGCAAAGCGGCCUCUCAUUUUGAGAUAACCAAAGAUUCUGCCAAAAAUGUGGGGAAUGAGGGAGUCAUUAAAGGAUGGACAGAGGAGCAGCUGAAUAUGAGCAGAGCAGUGCAUUACAAUCCAGACACCGGCACCUUCAAAGUGGAGCGCAGCGGCGUCUACUUCCUUUACUGUCAAGUACACUUCAACGAGAACCAGAGUCAGUACGUGAAGCUUGAGGUUUCCGUUCCUAAAGGCCCCUUGCUCCAGUGCAUGGAGGGGUAUGGAACCACACCAGCAUCUGGCUCACACAAGUUUCACUUCCUAAAGCCUUGCCAGGUCUCCGGCCUUCUACGCCUAAACAAGGGUGCUGAGCUUAAGGCUGUCACCGGAGGUUCCUUCAGUCUGCAGGUGUCAGGCAAACACUACUUUGGCCUCUUCAAAGUUAACUAGAGACAAGGACGGUUUUCCAAACACUUCAACUAUAUUUUUCACAGAUCACUGGUAGAAAUCAGGCCCAAAAGUACCUAAUCUAAAUCCGUGUCUUGGAACCUGGCUCCUGGUGUUGCCUUAACAGAGGAAAUUGUGACUCAACAAGGAAUGUUUCUGUAACCAUCUGUCCAUGGUCAUGGAUGACCCCUUUAUGCACACAAUUACCCUUUCAUGAAGAUGUCAUCAGGAUGUUAAUGACUGCAUAACUUGCCUUGUUGGAUCAAUUUACUGAGAAUUAUUUGGUACUUUCUGGGUUUGGAUGCAAAUGCCUUAUUAAACACAAAACCAGCACAAUUUCAACUACACAAAUAUAGCAUUUAAUUACAGCAUACCAGAGACAUGCUCCAGCAGCAUGGUUGGCUUAUAUGCUGGCAUAACCAGUUUGAACAGAAGUACAAUACAUUUUCGGCAGAGUCGCAGGGCACUACAAGCAUGAGAGGUUUUACCACUGGUGUCUUGGCUGGACCAAAAGAGAAUUGCCCCAGUUCCUGAACUGCCUUACCGCUGGAUGGGCUCAACGCAGAAAACGAAGGUCUUGGUUGUUGAUUAAGUGACUUAAUAUGCAUCUUCUAGGUUGACUCCAAGAGAAAUGUAUUAUUACUUUUGCAUCGAUUCAAAACAACAAGAUUCACACCUCCAAUCUUUUUCUUUUUAAAUACAUUUAGUCACUGUGACCAAUAUGAAACACCUCUUAAUAUUUAUCAAGCAAAAGAUAAAGGCAAUGGCUUCUUAAAGUAAAUGAUGUAUCUUGUGUACUGCACUGUUUUACUGAGAGUCGACAAUGCGUACUUAUGGCAUGAACAUUGACUUGUUGAUGGCGUGUUGAUUAAAGCUUGCUGGUUUACGUGUACAUUUCUGCACAAGAACCUUUAUAAAAAGCUGUAAUAUGUCUUCUGUUUUUAUACAAUGUGCAAUUUCAUGUUAUAUUAUUAUAAAGGUGAAGUUACAGAUUUUUAUACCACGUAAUUACAUUUAAUCUCACUA